AUGCCCCCCCGCCACCAGACUCUGCCCCCGGCGCAAACGUCGUCGGCGCGCGAGGCCCAAAAGUCCUUCUACUGCAACCUCUGCUCAAAGGGCUACUCUCGCAUGAACGACUACGAGGCCCACCUCUCCAGCUACGACCACUCCCACAAGCAGCGUCUGAAGGACAUGAAGGCCAUGGUGCGGGAUCCCAAUGCCGGCGCGAGGGCCAGGAAGGCCGAAGCUAAAGCCGACGGCCUCGUAAGCAUAAAGCUGCCCAGCCAGGAGGCCGCUUCCAGCAGUGCCGGCUCGGCCGGUUUUAAGAAAGGCGGCUUCAAGAAGACGGGGUUUAAAAGCGCCUUUGCCCCCGCUGACGGCGUUCAGAAGGCCGUGCAGAGUGCCCCCAGCCCGACCCUUAAGCCGGUCAUGAAGGACUCUUUGGUGGAGAGCGAUACUGAGGAUGAAGGCUACGAGGUGUACGACCCGCGCUAUCCGACUGAUUAA